UCGCCUCCUCUCGAUGUGCGGCUCCAUCCUCUUCAACGAGAAAUAGGAUACACCAAAAGAAAAAGGGUCCAAACCUGUCUUAUAGAGGCGGGAGUGUGGAGAUUGUCGAGAGGCAAAAGGAGGAAUACUAAGAUACCCACUAAGAUUGCAAUGUCACAUAGACGUGCCGCUACACUAGAGGAUCCUGUUGAGCAUGGGAGGAUGCGUGAGCCACCACGUACAUGGUAUCUGAUUGGCAACAACCUCAACUCUUCCUCCCAAGGCGAGACUAGAUCACUUUCAGAUGGCUCAUCAUCGGAUGUUGGUAACUCUUCAACACAAACCCGAGGGAGAGGUCCCUCAUUGAUGAAUGCAUCAUGGAGUACGGGUAAUAACCCAAUAAAGAUUGUACUAAAUGGUAGGGGACAACCUGUAAUGCCUGAAGCAUCUUCUCUUGCCACUAAUUUGGGGGUGUUGGCGAGGGAUGGUUCCCUUCUACCAUUGCACUAUACGGAUUGGCGAUACGUCCCUGCGCACUAUAAGAAGAGAGUAUGGGAAGAAAUCAAGGCUCAUACAGAUGCAAAUGAUUCUAUGGAGAGGUGGUUCAUGCAAUCUCUUGGAAGGAAAUGGCAAGGAUGGAAAUGUGAAGCCAAAAAACAAGGAUACACGCCAUAUAAUAAUGAUGCAGACAGAAUAGCUCAUAGGCCUAGUAGAGUUACGGAGGAGCAGUGGCGGUGUCUGGUGUAUUAUUGGAAUGACAGAGAUGUAAAGGAGAAGAGUAUAAACAAUAAGGGUUACAGGUCCCAACAAAAAUUACUACACACAAGCGGGCGGACACCACAUUAUUUGGUUGACCAGAAGGACAAGGAUGGCGGAAAAAACCCUACGCGUAUUGAUACAUUUAUCAAAACACAUACUCGAAAAGGUGGUGGAGUAGUUAAUGAAGAAACUUCUGCUAUCGUUAACAAAUUGAAAGCGUUGCGAUGCCAAGAUGGGUCUAGUUCACAUCCCAUGUCAGAGGGUGUGAUUUUCAGUCAAGUUAUAGGACCUGAGCGACCCGGGCGUACUCGAGGGCUAGGCUUAGGAGCAACUAAGAGUAAGUUGCUUGGUGCAAAGAAUAAUGAUCAAGCACCAUCCCAAUCCUCCACCGAACGUGAUCGAGAGUUUAUGAAGAUGAAAUCCAAAGUGCAAAAGAUGAAAAGGUUCUUAGAAGCUAUGGGUUACACAGAUGACACAGAUGACGAUUCAGAUGAGUUCAAUGAGGCACCCAACGAGAAUCAUCCGGAUGCCUCUAGCGCGCACCGCGAAAUGACAAUUGACAAUAACCAAGCAGGUCCAGAAGAGACAAAUCUGGCACACCGGUCGCAGCCGGAACCAACUCCAUUUCCACGACCGAAUCAACAGGCUGAUUCUCAUCAUCAGUGCGAGCCGGGAUCUACGGUUGCUGCUGACCUCGCCAUGUGGAAGCAAGCUGAGGCAAGUCGAGAUGCUCGCAAGUUUGUGAUUGUCUCUUUGUCUAGCUGGGGUUUGCUCUUCUUUGGGGGGUACAAGUUCUUCACCGGAGGCAAAAAAAACAAGAGGUAGUGUUCUAUGAUCUUC